AUGCGCGUUAGCUUCAUAUUUUACGCCUGUCUUUUAAUAUUGGGUUGCCGCUUAGUAGAAGGGAAUCAGAGGAUUUUAGCUGAAACUAGUUAAUCUAGCACUAGAUGGCAAUUUGAUUAGUUUUCUACCUAAGUGGAGUAAAACAUGCAAACAAUUGUUUUACCCAAUAAAUAAAUAUUGUUUUUGCAAUCCCUUGUUGAUGAAAAUGAAUAUAAAUCAUUUAUUUUAUAAAAAUAUACGAGAGAUGAAACCAAGGUUGGAAAGGAACUAAAAUUUGGUGAUUCAAAUUCAGAAUGCAUAAGACCAAAAGUGGCUUUAAUAGGGAAUAUUGGAUUUGCUCUGGGAUGGAUUUAAAAGCAAAGUGGAAUUACAAGACUAUAUGUUUAAAUAAUUAAUUUUGAUUUGGAUCCGAUAACUUAAAAACAAGAAAUAAAUGACAUUCAUUUGGAAGUUCAUUGGGAUUUCGUAUCGGAAUUCCAUUAUCUAUAAUAUAUCAAAGAAACAAAAUUAUUAGUUUUGUACAAAGGGCCGAAUUAGUCAAAAAUAUGGAAUGGUUUGAUCUUCGAUUAUUAAGACAAUAGCAGAACUACUGAUGUGAGUUUGAUCUAUUCUAAGGAAGUAUCUAUAGCUAUAAAUUAACUUGAUGUUAUUGUAUUAAUAUAACAUAUUGAUGGGACACCAAAUAAUUAAGCCACAAUUUUAAAUUAUACUGGAUAAAUUUAACGAACAUUUAAAUUGUUUCAAUAUACUAAUAAUUCUGAAUUAAGCUAUUAACCAGCAAUUACAGCCCUUUCUAAUAAUAAUUUUAUUGUUGUUUAACCCAGUUAUGAUUGGAUAACUUUGUAUGUAUAUGAUCAAAGAUUUUCAGACAUUCUCAAUAACAAUUAUUCAUAUUAUUACAAUUAUUACGCUACGACUCCAGCUUUACCUACUUGGGAAUAUUUUUUUUAUUUUUAGAACGAAAAUAUAUAAUUGCAAGCGUUGGAGGACUCAUUUGUUAUAGUAGGAACUAGCAGAUAAGGUGUUUAGUUUAAUUUGGUUCAUUUAAAAAAUAUAAACUUAGAACUUAUUUAAUAAAGAGUUAUUAAUUAUGAAGACUUAAAUAUCUAUAGAUAUGCAAUUUAAAGAACUGGUAAAAGUUCUAUUUUUGUAUAAUGGAUAGACGGAUAACCAGAAACCUUAAUACCUGAAUACAAAUAGAAUUUAUAUUUGUCAGAAUUAAAUUUAUAAUUAAAUAUUGAGGAUUGUGGAAUUAAUUGUGAUACCUGUUAAAAUGAUGUAUGUACAUCAUGUAAAUUGAAUUAUUCUUUAGUGAACAAUGACUGUUAGCCCUAAUGUAUUUAGAAUUGUUCGAAAUGCUCAAAUUCAAUCUCAUGUGAAAUAUGUCAAGAUGGAUUUCUAUUAACAAAUGUAUUGAAAUGUAUCUAGAAUAAUAAUAACCAAUAAAAUGGGGAAUUAAGAGUUAGUCUUUCUGAAACAACAUUUAAAUAAAAUGUAAAAUUUACUUUGCUGCCAAAUAGAAAAGUUGCUAUCAUUUAUCAAGAAGAGAACUAAAGUUCUUCGUUUUUAUAACUUAAAGUCUUGAAUAUUAUUGGUGAAACUAUUUUAUCAUAAUCAUUAGAUAGCGUAGACGUAGUACAUUUUGAUUUAUUCUAUCAAAACAAUGUUUUGCAUUUAUUCUUGUUAAAAUAUGUUUCAAAUAAAAUAGGAAUAGCUUAUUUCUAACUUCAAAUAUCAGAUUUACAAUAAAUCAAAUAAACUUAAUUAUACUUAAAUGAAAAUGAGAGUAUCUACUUCAUUAAACAAGAAUAGAGUAUCAUUAAAGUACUAGGAACAAAUCAAGGAUUUACUGUCUUCUUAUAAGGAGGCUUUAAUAAUAAUUAGUAUCAAAAAAUUAUAUCAUACACUUAUGAUUAUAAUGGAUAAUUAAUAAAUUAAAACUUUUAUGGAGAAGUUUCGGCUAGAAGCAUUUAUUAUUUCUAGAGAAAGAAAAUUUUUGAUGCUGUAGUAAAUAAUUUAGGAUAAAUUUAUGUUGUAUUGACAAGAGAAUGCGAUUCAGUAUUAUUUAUAUUGGAUUAAUUUGGAAAUAUAAUUAAUUAGAAUUAUUAAAACUAUUAGAAUUAUUGGAAUUGUAGAUUUCUAUAAAAUCCAUCUAUUUCAAUUGUUCCAUCAACAAGUUAAAUACUGAUAGCUGUUUAAGAUUUAAAUAAUUAGAUAUAUGUUUUUAGAUGGAAUGAGGAAGUAUUGUACUAAUCAUAGAUUAAUUAAAAUUUUGGAAAUCCUUAAUUGAAAGCUUUGGAUUCUAAUAGUUUUGUAUUACUGUAUGUGGAAUAUCAACUAGAUGGUAAUUUUAAAACACUAAAUUAUUUACAUUAAGAAAAUGGCCUUAUCAAAAACUAAAAAAUAAUAAAUUAAAACUCAAUUCAACCUGGAUUUUAUGAAAUAGAAAGUUUUAAUCUAAACUAUUUAUUCUUUUCUAUGAUAGCUUUUAAGAAUACAGCAAAUAUUGCAACUAAUCAAGUAUAUAUUCAACAAAUUUCUAUAAAAGAUGAUUAAUUGAUUGGACUUAUUAAAAUAUGUGAUGAAACAUGUACAUCAUGUGAUAAUGACUUAAUUUGUACUUAAUGUAAGGAUAACUAUUAGUUGGAUAGCCAGAAUAAGUGCUAAUUGAUCUGUUUAGACAAGUGUUCUUAUUGUGAAAUAGAGAAUUAUUGUGAGAUCUGUCAAGAGGGAUAUUAACUAAAUAAUGAUAGACAAUGUGUUUAAGCUUAAUAAAAUUCUUACUUUUAAAUACAAAGUCACUUAAAUAGAAGCGAAUACCAUCCAUAAAUUGCUGUUGGUAUAAAUGGAAACAUUAUUUUAACUUGGUUGGAAUAUGAGACAUCAAGGGGUCGAUAAGUUCCAUUUUAUAAGAUAUUUGAUUCUCAUGGUGUUGAAAUAAAAAAUGACAUACUUUAUAGUUAUGAAAUAUAUUCACUUAAAGUAAAGACUUUUGGUGAAUAUUUCAUUUUAUCUGCAAGGGAAAAUACUGGAAUAAUAUUAGCAAUUCUGGAUUUAAAUGGAAAUUUCGUUGUAGGGUGGAGAACUGUGGCUUGGUUUAACCUUUUUAAUGACUCAUUUAGAAGUGAAUUGCAAUAUGACAUAGAAAUAAAUAGCAGUUAUUAUAUUUUUAUUGUAUAUCAAAGCAUUGAAUCUGCUGAUUAAUUCAGGAUAAUUUUAAAACGAUUAAUAUAUAUGCAAUAAUUCAAUGAUAUUAGAGAAGAAACCUCUAAAGAAUAAGUUGUAUAUAAUCAAGGUGUAAAAAAUUUAAAAAUAUAGGUUGAUGUAAAUUUUAUUUAUUUACAAUAUUAAAGAUUUGAAAUAAAUUCAUAUGGAUUUAAUUAAGCAAUCAGUAUGUUUGCCUAAAUUAAAUACAACCUUUACCAAGAUAGAAUAAAUGAAAUAGCUUAGGAUACUUAAUAUUUUGUAAUAUCAUCUCAAACCAAAAUGCAGAUUAUAAAAAAUGAGAAAGACUUUGAUUUAGCAUUCUUUUAAUAUGAUACUUUAAUUUAUAGAACCACAAGAUCUUAAACAAUUAGUUUUGAUCAAAUUGAUGUAGCCUCGGUUUAAGAUAAUAUAUUCGUAAUUUGGGUUGGAUAUGAUUAUGAUAAGAAUUAAAGUAAUAUAUUUUUAGAAUAAUUCACAAAAUAAGGAAUGCAAUUUUAAUCAGUGUAAAUCCCCACAGCUAGUAACCUACCUAGUAAUCCAAAAAUUGGAUUAUUAGAAAAUGGAAAUGUCAUUAUAACUUGGCAAGAUAAAGCUGCUUAAGAUAUCAUUUAUGUAGUUAAAUAUAAUAAGCACUUUUAACCAAUACCACUCAAUUCUAUAACAUGUAUGGCCAAUUGUGAUGCAUGCACGACAACCACAUAAUGUUCAAGAUGUUCUGAUAGUUAUUAUUUUGAUGGCAAUAAAUGUCAAGUAAUUUGUUAAUCAGGUUGUUAAUAAUGUAGGUUUAGAGAUGUUUGCGAUAUCUGUUAUUCUGGAUAUUACUUAAAUGGAUAUUAUUGUUAAUUGGAUUAAACAUUGGUAGAUGAACAUGACAUAGCAUCUAUAGAAGAUUACAAACUUACUAAGGUUGCAAUAAGUGCUUUUUCUGAUACUAGUUUUGUCGUUGUGUGGAAUAAUAAUAUAAAUUAAGUUUAAACAUUGCAUUUUUAAUUUUAUGAUAGUAAUAGGUAAAAACAAGGAGGUGAAAUAUCCUUAUUUUCUUAAAAUGAUAGGAAAUAUGCACAAACUGUAACAUUGGCUAAUGAUUCAUUUGCUGUAGUAUGGUUUGAGGGAGAUUGUAAUAUCUAAUGUAGAUUAAUCCUUUAGAUAUAUAAUAAAGAUAUAUAAGAAUAAAUUACUGAAAUAACUAUAGACACUGUGACAUUACCUAGUUUAUAAGAUUAAAAGCCAGUUGUCUUAAGAAGAUAAGACAAUAAACUAAUUAUUGCUUAUGUUGCAUAUAAAGAUUCAUAAACAAAAGGAUAUUAUACUAUUUAUGAAAUUGAUACUUUAGUAAUUAAAAAUCCAUAAAUUAUCGAAGAUAAUACUACUGUUAACAACUUGGAUAUCAUAAUUUUCAAUCCAUAAAUCUUCAUAAUAUUAUAUGUAUAAGAGGAAACAAAGUUGAAAGCCUUAAGAGUAGAGAAGGAUGUUGGAGAAUAAAAAUCAUAAUUAUAUUACAGUGGUAAUAGUAUCUAUACUCCAACGCAUGUUGUAAAUACAAAUGGGAAAAUUGUGUUAGCUUGGAGUGAAUCAAUCCUAGAAAAUAAUGAAUAUGUGAAGCAAAUUAUGUUAGGAUUUAUUGAUAGCAAUCUAAAUAUAGUUGCAGGUAAUUUCAAGAUAUAACAUUAUAUCAUGGAAUAAUUAGAAAAUCCUAUUUUAAUUGGCAAUACUGAAUCUAAUUCUUUUACAGUUUUCUCAAAAUCAUCACAAUUUUAUGUCUAAACUUAAAAAAGGAUAAUGGUUGAUAAGUUUGAUGAUUAUUAUAAUUGGAGUUUGUCUUUUUAUUCCUAAAUAAAAUCCUAUGCUUAUGAACAUUAUUAAUUUUAAAUUGAAUAACUAUAACAUUAGGAUAAUAUUCUUAUAGAUGUUGGAUUAAAUAAUUGGGGACAAUCAACAAUAUUCAUGAUGAGAACUGAUAAUAGAGGAAAUCAGUUGAAACUUUAAGAGGUUGUUUGUCCUUAAUAUUGUUAAGAAUGUAAUAACAAUCAUUCUUGUUUAAAAUGUUAAGAUGGAUAUAAUGUUUAUAAUUAAUAAAAAUGUAUUAAAACUUGUCCAGCUAAUUCAGAUUAUUGUGAUACAAAUGAUAAAAUCAUUUGUAGUUAAGGAUAUCAAUUGAAUAAAUAUCACGAAUGCAUACCCUUAGAUCCUGAGUUAACCUAAUAAUUAAUUAAUACAAAUCAAUAUGGAACUCAAUAUAAUUAAAAAAUAGCAACUUUAUCAAAUAAAAAUUCAAUUGUCGUAUGGACUGGCAGAAAUACUAAUUUGAAUGGUAUUUCCAUUUAUAUGCAAUUAUUUGACACUUCUUUUUCAAAAGUUGGAGCAGAAACUUUAAUUACUAAAGAUUCCAUUGGAGUCUAAGAAAAUCCAAAUGUAGCUGCAAUAUAAAAUAAUGAAUUCAUUGUAAUUUGGAAAGAUAGUAAUCCAUCAAAUGUUUUAAGAAUUUUGAUGUAGAAAUUUUCAAUUACUUUUGAAAGAAUUGGAAAUGAAAUUGUGUUAUACGAUUCAGUAACAAACGACUUAUUAUUUACUAAUAAGAUAAUUUAUCAAUAGGUUGAUUAUCAAAUUUUGCAAUUAUCAAAUAAUAAUUUAGCUGUUCUUCUACUAUUUCUUCCAUCUAACGACUAUUUUUAUGAUAUUAGAUUAAAAUUAUUUGAUAAAGACCUUAUGGAAUUCAAAUCUAUAUUAAUUGGUUAAACCUAUUACUACAAUUCAUAAGCUUUAAUGACUUAAAUUGAUAGUACCCUUUAUAUCCUUUGGAGGAAUAAAAAUGGACUGAUGGAGAUAAAAACAAUUAGUGUAGAAGGUGACAUAAUUAAUGGAAGAGUAUUUGAUAAAUAUAAGGAUUAUUACAGCAUAACAAAAAAUGAAUUAAAUUAAUUAGUUAUAGCAUGGUCAGAAUAUGAUAAUGUUGCAAUAUAGAGAUUUGAUUAGAAUCUUUAAGAGGUUGGUGAUUAAGUUAUUAUUACUCCGGAUUCUUAUGUUAAUUAAGUUUCUCUUUGCUAGGUUGAAGGAGGUAUUGUCUUAGGAUUUUAGUAUAAAAAAACUACUAUUCACUUUGAUACUUCGAGUAUUCAAGUUUAAUAUUUUGAUAAUUAUUUGGUUUCAUCCACAAGUUAAAUAAAGUAACUAAAUGAUUAUAAUGGAUAAAUUGAAAAUAUUAGAAUUUCAUAUAUUGGAAAUUAUCAAUAUGUUGUAACUUGGAGUUAAUAUGUAUACGAAAGGGAAGAUUAUUAUGUUAGAAGCGAUAGGGAUGCCUCUGACUAUGGGUUAUAUGCUAAAAGAUUAGACACAAAUGGAAAUAUAUUAAAAAUAUCAAAUGUUAUAUGUUAGACUAAUUGUAAUUAAUGCAGUAAAUAAAAUUUGUGUGAAUCCUGCAAUGAAGGAUUUUAUUUUGAUUCUACAAAAUCCAUUUGUUAACCUAAAUGUCCAUCAAAUUGCAUAGAAUGCUAUUUUGAUUGGUAUAGGUCUGGAGUAUGUGCAUAAUGUUAAAAUGGAUAUUUUGUGAACUUGAAAGGAUAAUGUGAUAAAAUAAUUAUUAGCGAAAACCAAGUACUUUAUAAAAUUGGUCAUGAAGAUAAAAAUCAUCAAAUUUAGGACUUUAUAACACUUUAAAAUGGAAAUAUUGUAAUUACAUAUUAUUAAGAUAAUAAACAAAUGUAUUUUAAGAUUAUCAAUAAUUAAGGAGAAGUAAUAAUUGAAGAAUAAUAAAUUUGCUGUGGAGAUGGAGAUGAAUCAAUUAUGAGAAUUACCUCAUUAUCAAAUGGUAAUUUUGCAAUAGUUAACAGAUCUUUUAAUAUUAAUUCUAAUAAUAAUAUUUAUUUGCAUAUUUAUGAUUAAAAUGGUAGGGAAAUACAAAGCUAACCUAUUAUCACACUUGCAUUAUGGAACUAUUAUUACUGGUGGUAUUUGCCCUAUUAUAAUUUUAAUAUAUUAUCUAUAAAAUCUUUAUCAAACGGAGGAUUUGCUGUUACUUACAUGAGUGAUAAUAAUGGGUAUUAAUUUAGCAGUCCAAAAAUAUUUUUCAGAGUUUAUAAUAAUAAAGGCUAAUAAAUAAGUAUCGAUAUUCUUUUGAAUCUAAAUAAAAUUUAGAAGGAUAAUUAUUAUUGGAACUGGUCACAAAAUAAUAAUUAGGUUUCUGUACUAGAAACUGAGACUCAUUUAGUAGUCACGAACAAUUAUUAACAAUAUUAUUGGUGGGACUCAAGAUUUAACAUAAUUUAAGUUAUUCUAGUAGAUAAAAAUGAUUAUUCUACUUCAACUAAGUUUAUUGAUAUGAAUUAAGCCAAUCAGUAAGUUAGUGUCAUUUUCUAAUCUUGGUGGAAUCAAUAGAGAAGUCAGAUCUAUCAAACUAACAAAGAUGAGUAUAUCAUAUUUAUUUAUUUUCCGACUGGAAUCAUAAAAUUCGACUUUGAUAAAGAGUUUUAAUUGAUAAAGAGUUAAGUGAUUUCUCAAAAUCAAUUAUAUAAUUAUUGGAGUCUUGAUUGUGUAGGUUGUUGCUUAUAGUGUUGGAAUUCUAAUUAGGCUUAAAUCCUUCAAUUAGAUAGGUCAUUUGUUCUAUAUUAUUAGGUAGAUAUUUCCAAUUAUUAUCAGAACAAAAGAAUUUUAAAACUAUUUCCAUUCAAUUAUAAUAUGGAAAAACUCUCAGCAGUGAAAGAAAUUAAAUUUUAUUCCAAUAACAGGUGGUGGAAUGGAGAUCCAGUAUAAUAAGGAAUAAUAAAAAAAUACCUUAAUAAUAAUAUUUUACUGUUGUCUGUCAUAAGAUUAGAUAUUUAAGGCAUGUAUUAUAAUAAUUUAUUUGUACUAUUGGAAAAGCUUGAUUAUAAAUGUAACUAAAUUAAAACUUGGGAAGAAAUUUGUGGUUAAAAUUGCUUAAGAUGUACUAGCUCCAAAAAUUCUAAUUAAUAAUGCCUACUUUGUGAUUCUAAUUAUUACCUUGAUGAUUAAUAAUAAUGUCAAUUAAUCUGUGAUUUUGACCAUUGUCAAUCUUGUGAAAAAUCUGGAACUAAAUAAUAAUUUUGUAAUCAAUGCGAAUCUGGAUAUCGAAUCAAAGAUAAUUAAGAAUGUGUGCAAUCAGACCCAAAUAUUAUAGUCGAAAAGUAACUAGGCUCGUCUUUGGAAAUAGAAUACAUCUUACCAAGAGUGAAAGCUUUAAGUGAUGGAACAAUAUUGGUUGCUAGGCUAUAAAUUUUGAAAGAUUAAAUGGUUGUGUAUGGUUAAUUGCAUUCUUCAAGUGGGGAGAAUAAUAGUGAUCUUACAGUUCUAGCGAAAAGUGCGAAUAUAGGAUAUUUUGAUUAUUCUACUUCAAGUUUGGAUGAAAUACUGAUUGUUUGGGUAGACUUAGUCAGUGGUAGUACCUAAAUCAAAGCAUAAAAAUAUGAUAAAACAUUAUAAAAAAUUGGAACUGAAUAUAUAGUAUAUGAUGAAACCAAAGAAUGGAAAAACUUGAAAUUUGCUACAGUUGAAUACCUGAAUAAUGAUGAAGUAGUAAUAUUAUUGUUUGGAAACAAUGAUAUCUACAUCAAGAAAUUCGACUAAAAUAUAACUGAAUUAUAGUUUUAAUAUGUUGGAGUCUUUUAUUAGGAUUAUUGGUGGUGGUUGAAUUACUGGGAAUAAAAUACUGGAUAAUAAUCACCUUAUUAUUAUGAGUAUUUGUUCAAAAAAGAACCUUCAAUCGUUUCAACCAAAGAUUUCAUUUUCAUAGCUUAUUAAUAAUAUGACAGAAUAAUCUUGCAAGUUUAUGAUUCUGGCUUAUCUUAUAAUACUGUUUAUUAAUUGGAAUCAUAUUAAGGAUUGCAGCCAUCAAUUACUAAAAUAGAAAAUGGAAAUGUUGUUUUGGUUUGGGUUUAAAUAAUACAAUCAAAUUCAAAAUUAUCAAAUUACAAAGAAAUUCCAAGCUAUUAAAGACAUUCAAUUGUUUAUACCAUAAUUGACCCUUAUUUUAAAUCCAUAACCUAAAACUAUUUUGGUCUAGAUCAUGUGAAAGAAUUUAAACCAGAUAUUGCAGCCAUUCCAAAUGGUUUUGCAAUCUCAUUUGGUGGAGUAAAUGAAAAAAAUUCAAGAAAUAUUGAUUUAAGAGUAGUAUAUUUUGAUUUACAAGGUAAUCAAUAAUCUGGAUUCAUACCUAUCAGUUUUUAAACCUAAUACCCAUAAAAUACUAACAUCACACCAUUAUAAGAUGGAUCUAUUAUAGUAACAUGGAAUGAAAUUAGAUCAAUUUAUGCUCAAAAAUUAAAUAGAAAUGGAGUUAUCCAACCAUUCAAUUCAAUAUUAUGUCCAUAAUCAUGUAAAAAAUGUACAAAUGAAUAAUCUUGUGAUGCAUGCUUUGAUGGAUUUAUUUUAAAUAAUAGUAAUUAAUGCCAAUCAAUAUGUUUAAUUCCUAAUUGCUCUUCAUGCUCUUAUUGGUCAGAUCACUGUAAUAUUUGUAAUGAUGGAUAUUACUUAGAUGAAAUGGGCUUGGGUUGUAAAGAGAUUGAUGCCACUCAAAAUUAUGAAUUUGUACUUUAAGAAAAUGUUCAAUCAACUACAUUGAUUGUUGAAAAUGCUUAUGGAUAAAUUAUACAUCUAUGGAUAAAUUAGAAUUUAAAGUAGCUAUUUGUACAGACAUUCACUUCUGAUGGUAGUAUUAUAAUAGAUUCUAAAUCCGUUAUGAACUUAUAAUUUUCUAAUUAUGAGGCAUUUUAAGCAGUAUAUCAUAAGGAAACAAAUCAACUUGUAGUUUUGCUAGCAAAUUCUGAUUAAAAAUUAAUUGUCUUAUUUAAUGAUAAAUUUGAAUAGAAUACUGUUAUAAUUGAGUUAGAUGAGAUCUUAAAAUCAGAAUAUCUUUACUUAUAAUUAUCUAAAAUAAAACUCUAUACUUAUUAUGGUGGUAUAAUUUUAUAUUUAACUGGUGAUAAAAAAACAAUUAUUGAUUAAUUUGCUUAAAAUCCUCGAUUGGUUGUUUGCAAUACACCAGAAUUAAUUCUUUUGGAUUUAUAAGGCAAUCAGUAAGUACCAUCAGUAAUGUUUAAAAAUAAAGAUAAGAAAGUAUAAAAUUUGUUUUUGGAUGAAUAAAAUAAUUGCCUUAAAUUUAGAAUUAGUGAUAUUAUAGUAGAUAACGAUAUUUAUGUGUUGCUUUUUGAUGAAAAUUAUGGAGUACCAUGGAUUUAAACAUAUAAUUUCUAAGGGUAAAUUACAAAUGAAAGAAAUCUAAAGGACUUUAUACCAUUUUAUUUGAAUUAUGGAUCAAUAAAUAAAUUCUAAUAGGAGAUCUUUGUUAUCGUAGAAUUUAAUCGUUUGAUAAGACUGACAACUUAGUUGGAUUUAUUAAACUUUGAAGAUAUCUUAACGGUAGAUAAAUUUUAAUCAAUUGUUUAAAUAAUUAGAAUUGAUUAUUCAUAAUUAUGCUACAUAUAUGUCUAGUAAUUUGAUUAUUCAAAGAGAUAUAAACUAGUAGUUUAUGAUUACUAGAUGAAAGUAGAUUUGUUUUAAGGUUUGAUAGCACCUACUUCUUUGAUUUAAGGUUCAUUCAGCUACAUAAAAUAACAAAACAAUAAUUUAUUAAUCAGUUGGUUGGAGCAAGGUGAAAAUAAUGCUAAUAAAGGUAAGGUAAUGAUUGCAAGAUUUGGUUAAAAUAGCGAGAGACUGAAAUUCUAAGAAUUUUAAUGUCUGCCUAUUUGCUCAUCAUGUACUGCUAUCAGUAAUUGUUAAGGAUGCAUAGAUAAUUAUAAAUUGGAGCAGUAAUAAUGUGUACCCAUAUGUUCAGCUAAUUGCAAGAGUUGUAGUUAACCAUUAUCAUGUGAUAUUUGUUUACCAGAUUAUUACAUUGAUGAUUCUUUCAAUUGUGUAAGCGUUGCUGGAUAACCUAUCGAAACUUAACUAGAUAGCUCCUUCGAUUAUGCUGAGGAUUUACCUCGAGUAGCUUCUUUCUCAAAUGGUGGUUGUGUUAUUGUUUGGUAGAGUAAGUUGUAGGAUGGAAGUGGUUUUGGAGUUUAUGCAUAAUUGAUUAGUCCAGAAGGAUUACCAGUCGAUUAGAUUCUUCAAGUGAAUGUUAAUACAAAGAACUCCUAAUUUUUGCCUGAUGUCACUAUAUUACCUAAUAAUAAUGUGAUUAUAGUUUGGGCAGAUGGAGAUAUCAGUUUUGAAUCUGAACUUUAUUUCUAGAUAUUUGAUUAAGAACUUAAUAGAAUAGGAACACCAACAUUUAUUGAUUAUAUGUCUCUCGAUCACUACUCAUAUUAUGAUAGACCAUUAGUAGUUCAAGGGUUGAGUAAUAACGAAUUUGUGAUUGCAUGGGUUAAUAACAAAGACUACAAAGAUUUCAUCUUAGUAUCAUUGUUUAAUAGCGAUGGAGUAUUGAGAAGAUAAAAUCAAAUUACAGAUACUUAGUCCAACAAUGAAAUUGUUAUUAAUUCUAAUGGACUCAAUUUUGUUGUUGUUUAUAGAAGUUAUAAUCAAUUAGCUGCAACCAUUUAUGAUUUCGAAGGUUUAGAGUUAGCAAGUGUGACUCAUCAAAUAUUUUGGGUAUCUUCACCUAGUAUCACUUCAAAUGCAAGACAAGAAUAUGUCCUUUGUUGGAGAGAAUCUGAUAAGAUUAAAUACUCACUUUUUGACACUAAUCUUAACUUAAUAGGAUAAAUUUUGGAAGUGGAAUAUUUGAAUUCAAAAGCAGAUAAUCCAGAUAUUACAGCAACAUCAAAUGGUUUUGUAAUUGUUUGGUAAAAUCAGGAUAUAGUAUCAUUGAGAUAGAGAAAAUUAAGAGCAUAGAUAUUUGAUAUAAAUGGAGUUCCUUCAGGCCCAUCUAUUGAAGUUAAUGUAAUAACAAUUCAGCCUGAAUAUCCAUAGAUUUCAGUUUUGAAUAAUGAUAAAUUUUUAAUCAUUUGGGAUGGAUUGAAACCAUAAGGAGAUGAGAAUAAAGGUAUAUUUAUGAUGAAAUUCGGAUCCAAUGGAUUAAAAGAAUUGAUAGAUGGUCCAGUGUGUCCAAAUAAAUGUAGAAGUUGUUCAUCAUCAACAAGUUGCAUUAAAUGUUCAGAUCAAUAUCAAUUAAUGGAAGGACUUUGUAUACCUUAAUGUCUUUCAAAUUGUAGUUAAUGUUCAAAACCCAAUUUCUGUGACUUAUGCAAAGAUGGAUUUAAACUUGAUCCAUCAGGUUUAUGUUCUACAAUCACUUCUAAUCUAUUACCUGAAGACCCUAUUUUAAGUACUCCAUUAGAUGAAUUACCAAGUUUUUCUUCAAGUAUAACAAUUGGAGAAAGCGAUGUUUUAGUUUAUUCAGGAUCAGUCACAUUUUAAGGAGAUUCCUAUUUCUUAAACAUCAAUCUACAAUUAAUUACAAACACAACUCAACAUGAUUUUUCACAUCCAAUAAAAUUAGUAUCCUUAACAUCCUAAGUUUUACAAUCGAAUGUUGUAGUAAGAGAAGAUAAUUCAAUAUAAGUAUAUUGGGUAGAAAUGAUAGAGAAAGAAUACUUAUUGAUUAAAUUGAUAACGAUUAGUUAUGAUUUGGUUAUUAUUGAUGCAGAAAAAUCGAUCGACACUAUUCCUUACGAUUCUUAUUAUCAAAAUGCAUAUAGCGAUUUUGUUCUAUAUUUAUAUUAUCAAAAUACCCAAUAUUAGGUUAUUUAUUCACGAAUCUCAGAUUUUAUGAAAUAUGAAGUAUUCGAAUAUAAAAUAAACAAAGAUUACUUAAGAGUUACAAGUCCUAAUAGACUUUUGGAGAUGAAAAGGUAAUUAAGAUAUGGACAAAUUUGUUUCAAUGUGGACUCCAUUGUUAUCAUUGAAAUUAAUACAAACUACUUUAUGACCCUAUACAAUUAUAACCUAGAUUUCAAGGAUGUUAAAGUUACAGUAAACUAAUUCUCUCUCUAGUUCACUAUUUUUAUAGAAUCCUUUACCAUAAAGAAACUCAAGAAUAAUAAUUUUGUGAUGACAUGGAAAACAGGAUCAAGUUAAUCACUGACUUCAAAGACUCAAAUCUAUUAUACUCUAUUUAAUAGUGACCUUCAAAGAAUCUCAGAUUAUCAAGUGGUUGCUGAUUCAAAUGCAAAAUUGGAGAACCCUUAAAUUAUUAUCUUAUAGGGCAGAUUUGCUAUAAUAUGGAAUAACUUCAUAUCUAUCACAUAUUCAUAAUUGAGUAUCUCAUUUUAUGAAGAAUCUGGAAUAUUCAUAUCAUAAACCAAAUAAUUAAACACCAUUAGUAAUAACAUAAAAUUAUACUAUGCCAAAGUCAUCAACACUAACUAAAUAGCUAUAAACUGGCUAUCCUCUUAUACAACAGUCAGUUUAUAAAUUAAAUACUAAUACUAUUACUUGAGAAUUACAGAUCAGAAUUAGUUGCUACCUUCUCCAACUCUGAUUUGCCUAACAGAAUGUGCAACCUGUUCAAAUGAAUAUACAUGUUCAACUUGUAUAACUAAUUAUGCUUUGAAUCCUAAUACCUAUAAAUGCGAACCAUAAUGUCCUGAUACCUGUUUGGUGUGCAGUUCUCCUACAAUAUGCUCAUCUUGCAAAGAAGGUUAUUCAAUAAGAUCAAAUAAUCAAUGUGAAAAGAAUGUAUGCAAAGAAAGCUGUUCAAUAUGCAAUACUUUCCAACAUUGCUUAUAGUGUCCUAAAAACUUUUAUUAAAGUCAAUAGGAUAUGACUGAAUGCAUAGGAACUUGUGGACCCAAUUGCUCAGUUUGUACUGCUCCUCCUGUUUGUAAAUAAUGCGAGGAUUCUUAUUAUUGGAGUAAAACAAAAACUGAAUGUGUUGUACUUGAAGAUGUGAUUGGUGAAAUCAGCAUAUCUGAGCCUUUGAUUGCAACAUUCCCCAAUGGAGAUUACAUUGCUUUAUGGUCUGAAGAAGGACCUAAUGCUGGUGUGUAUUUCUAAUUGUAUAAAAAGAGUGGUCAGAAAAUAGGAACCAAAACUUAGGUAAACAUGGAUGAACUGGGAAAUAGAAGACUUUUGUAAUCUGCAUCUUCCAGUAAGGCAGCAAAAACUCUGUUUUCAGAUAUUGCCACUUUUGAUAACGACUUUGUUAUUUUGUGGGUGGAUUAAAUUGUUGGAGACAUGAAAGUGAAUCUCAAGAAAUUUGAUGUCACUGGCCAAGCCUUAACGAAAUCAAUUUAGGUUACUGAAAUACCAAAAUAGAAUCUAGAUGAUAUUGCUGCUCCCUGUAUUAUCAAAAAAACUGCAAAUAAUAAUUUUGUUAUUGGAUUCUUCAAUCAAGCUGAAUAAUCUCUAAAUACAGCAACUAUGUUCUUGUAAUCAUUUAGUAAUAAUCUAAUGCCCAUUGGAUAAAUGUAGAUUCUAGAUAAUGCAGAUAUCACUAAAGUACCUAUGAUAUCUAGCGAUGAGGAUGGUUUGAUUUCUAUUACUUUUUCAAGUGAAGGUGCCACGUUCUUGGCUUAAAUUACGACCUAAGGUGAUAUUGUUACCGAGCCUAAAGAAGUUGGUGAGGCUAAAGCAUUCAAAUCUACAAAUUUGAAGAAUAAAUUUAUUGUUUUCGUCUUUGAAGCUGUUAGCACAAAUAUAUCCCCUCCUUAAUAUAUCUUAUCAUAUCAGAUCAUGAAUUUAGAUAAGAUUUUAUCUGAAGCAAAAUUAUUCGCUAGUCCUUCCUAUGGAGAAGAGCAUCCCUAUGUUACAUCAUUUGGAUAUGGAUUUAUUAUUGUUUGGAGAACAGUUGAUAAGUCUCUGAAAUCUAAGGAUAUUGUAUUUUAGAUAUUUGAUAGUGAUGGACUACAGAUCUCAAAUUAAACUUAGGUUACGAGAUAAGGACUUUAUCCCAAAAAUCCAGGUGUUUAAGUUUUAAAUGAUGAGGAAUUUUACAUCACAUGGACAGCUGCUGGUAAUAACACAUUAGACAAUUUCUAUCUACAAUUAUUCAAUCUUUCUAGUCUAAUUAUUCAAAAUCCAUUUGUAGAAAACAAUCAAACAUCUAUAAUAUGUCCACUGAAUUGUUUAUCUUGUUUGAGCAACACUGUUUGCUAAAAUUGCCAGGCUGGAUAUUAUGUUGAAAAUAACUUUUGUGAAAUAGAUUGUGGAUUGAAUUGUAUUUCAUGUACCAUUCCAAAUUAAUGCACUGAAUGCACUUUAGGAUACGAAGUUUCACUCAAUAAAACUUGUUCCUAGAUUGAAUGCGAAAUUGGGUAUACUCUUUCAGAAAAUAUGGAUUGCGUUCUUAUUUGUCCUGAAAAUUGCAGUGAGUGCUAAUCUAAUGAUAAAUGCUUAAUAUGCUAAUCCGAUUAUGCAUUAUUUGAAGGAAAAUGCAUAGAAAAAAAUUAAGUUGAUUUCCCCCAUGAAGUAGAAGAUGAUACUGGCUUACCUUUUUAUUAUAUUAUCAUUAUUUGUUUAGGAGCACUCUUCAUCAUGGGUAUUAUGGCAUAUGGCAUCUGGAAAUAUAAAAAGAGAAAGCCAAUAUAAAACCAUUAGCAAAGACAAGUGAUCGAUGAAAGAGAAAACACAGCUCUGGACUCCAGAAUCAAUUGA